AUGUAUACCUUGGUGCUCAAUCUGGAUGAAGUGGAUAUUUCGCUGAAACGCGUGAUGGUUCAGAAUGACAUGCGCAGUCGGUUGACCAAGCACCGCCUGGAUCUGGUACAGGCUCUCUUGUGUGAAUUGUGCUCCACCAGUGUACAACUAGCAGCUGGUCUACCGGUAAAUGUAAUCAAUUUGAUUUCGGAUGCAUCCGCACUGGCCGUACCUGUGUUGGAGCUGUUCUCUGUUCGCAAAGGAAUCCGACUGUUUGGCGCUGUGCUUCACUAUUUGCCUUCGCCUUCAGUUCGCGCCCUGACCCUUGUCUUCAUCAGUAACUACGCCAAAAUCUGUGCAGUCAGCGAAGGUCAAGUUGAAGAAGUAAGUGCCAAUAUGAAACAAUUUCUGUUAUUAGAUCCACCCUCCGCUUCAUAA